CAAUUUUGUUCCAUUAGUCUUUGUAAUGUGGGUUAUGUUGUGGUGGAAAAGACGAUUGUCAACAGGCUCAAAUCACUGAUGCCCCGCCCGUUUCACCCUAAUCAAUCUAGCUUCGUUCCAAAUAGACACAUCACUGAUAAUAUCCUUCUUUUGCAAGAAAUUGUUCAUUCCAUGGCCAGGAGAGGAAGAAAGAAGGGUACCAUGCUCCUGAAGGUGAACUUAGCUAAAGCCUACGAUAGGAUCGACUAGGAAUUCCUUGAAGAAACUUUGAUUUUGGUUGGCAUUCCCUCCCAAUGUGUCAACAUCAUCAUUCAAUGCAUGACUUUGGUGGAGAUGCAGGUCCUUUGGAAUGGAGGAGAGACUGAAUCCUUCACCCACGCUAGGGGACUCCGACAGGGAUGUCUCAUUUCCCCUUACCUUUUUACCCUUUGUGUUGAAAGAUUGAGCCAUAUCAUUGACAGCAAAGUUAGGGACAAACUGUGGGAACCUAUCUUCUUGUCUAUUGAUGGCCCUCCCCUUUCUCACCUAUUCUUCGCAGACGACCUUGUCUUGUUUGUCAUGUCUGAACGAUUUUUGUGAAGCCUCAGGUGAACUUGUUAGCAAAGACAAGUCUAGAAUGAUAGUAAGCUUACAGUUUGGAAAGCCCGCACUCUCUCUCUUGCUGGUCAGGUGACCCUUGCCAAGGUUGUUUUGGAAUCCAUCCCCUCAUAUACAACGCAAACAACCAUUUUUCCAUCCUCAAUAUAUGACACUAUUGAUAGGAAAAUUAGGUGGUUUGUUUGGGGAUCUCAGGUGGGGAAAAGAAAUGUGCAUUUGGUCUCCUGGGAAACAAUUUGUAAGCCCAAAAACAAAGGUGGUCUUGGACUUAGAUCUGCUAGGGGUCUCAAUCUUGCUUACAUGGUGAAACUAGCUUGACAUAUUAUGAAUAAUGAGAAAGACUUGUGGGUUCAGGUGAUGCAGGGCAGGUAUUCCAUCACAGUGAAGGGAGAAUUACUGCCAUGAAAACCAACAAUCACUCCAACCUGUGAACAGCUAUCCUUAAAGUGAUGUCUAUGAUGAGAAGAGGGAUGGCGUGGAGCAUAAGAGAUGGCAGUCGAUUGGUUUUUGAACCAACACUUGGUUGGAUCAUGAUAUUGUGCCUGAGGAUUUUGCUCUUGUGGAUCUCUCGAAAAAGGAGAAAUACUCUUGCGUGGCGGACUGGACUAACAGGGAUGGCUAGUGGGACUGGGAGAGACUUAAGAAUUAUCUGCCUAUUGAGGUUUUAAUUCGUAUUGCAAGGUUGGAGGGCCCCUACCCCGGAGCUUGGAGAGGACAUAACCAUCUGGGGAGUUGAGAAGGAUGAGAGGUUUAGGCUACGAUAUGAUGGAUAGCGUGACGGACGACAUGCCUUUGGAAGCUUGGAGAGACCUCUGGAGAUGGGAUGGCCCCAACAUAAUCAAGCUUUUCUUAUGGCUUAUCUCACACAACAGACUCCUCACCAAUGCACAGAGAAAGAAACAACAAAUUGCACAAAAUGAAGGCUACAACCAUUGCACUGACGAGGAGGACACUUUGGAGCAUAUCCUAAGGAAAUGCAAGAAGACUAAGGGCUUCUGUAGUCACUUCAAAUGGAAGAUUACAUAGUAGAGCACUUGCAUCGCCUUCCAACAGUGGAUUCAUAAAAAAAUCAAAGAUGAUGACAAAGGAGUUGACUUUGGAAUUUCGUGAUGGCUUGUUUGGAAACAAAGAAAUGAAGAGGUCUUGGAUGGUAGGAAGUACUCUGAAGAAGGUUUGAUUAACAAAGCCAAGGCAUGGCUUAACAUUCAUCGACAAGCUAAAGACAACGCCAACAUGAGCCUUCUAGUGCUCAAAUCUGUUCAAAUCGAGAAGGAGCUUAGCUGGAAACCACCAAGAGAAGGCUCGAUUCAAGUACAAGUGAAUGACUCGGUUUUGGGUUCUACUGGCAUGGCUGUUGUAGGUGGCAUGAUUAGAGAUUGAGUUGGGCGCUACUUAGAUGCGUUUGCCCGCAAUUUAUGGGCUUGAUCCAUCACGAGUGCUGAAUUGAAGGGAACCGUUGUUGGUCUUGAAAGGGCAUGGUAGCUUGGCUUCAGGAAGAUCGAGCUCAAGCUCGACUCCACUACUCCGAUAAGCAUUGUCAGGAACUGGAAAGACCACAACCAUUUGCAUGGUUUUCUUGCGGAAAAGAUUGAAAACCUCCUUGGUCGUGAUUGGAAGGUAGUUGUUAGUCACGUGUAUAGAGAAAAGAACUUUGUUGCUGAUUUUUUGGCUUCUAAGGGUUAUACCCUUCCUUUUGGCACACUCUAGGUCAAUGUGUGUGAUCCCUACCUUGAACAUUGGUUGUUGUAUGAUGUCAUGGAUACGACCAUGACUCGUUCUAUUAAUAUUAUGCACGAGGGCAUCUCUCGGCUCUCGCCUGUCUUUCUAAAAAAAAGUAAAUGGUAUGAUUCAAGUUAUUUAUAUGUAAGUGUUAACAAAACAUACUACGAAAGUGGAAACCAAUUAUACCAAAUGCAUUGUGCAAUUAUAUAAUGAGUUAAUGGUAUAUUGGCCCCUAUACAUUGAAUUAAUGUUUUCUUAUCAUGACCCUUGUACUAUUUUUUUUAACAUAGUCUUUCAUAUAUAGACAUUUUCUUAUUGUGGCAAAUCUUGUUAAAAGACUGUUAAUAUGAUGUUGAAUGGGUACCCAAUUUGUCAUUGGACAUGCCUAAUUAAGCGCUGACACAGUAAUAAAAACUCAUGUAAUUACAAAGUUAUCCUUGCUAUUUAAUAUUUUUCAGUUUUGACCAAAGAUAUACCUAUUUGUAGAUUUUGAUUGAAAAUUGUAAGGGGAAACUCAUGGAAGGGAUUGAUUAAGGAGGCGGUUAAAAAUAUUGAGGAAUAUUUUUGCAACUAUGAGGACUUAUUAUGCGCAUGAGCCCUGAGUCAAUGCUUAGAUAUGUCCCAAUUUAAUGGAGACUAAUGAACUUUGAAUGAUAAG